AUGGAGUCCCUGCCCGUGUACCACGGUGGCAUCACGCGGGAGGCCGGCGAGAAGCUGCUGCUGGCCUCAGGGCUGGACGGCAGCUACCUGCUGCGGGACAGCGAGAGCAUCCCGGGCGUCUACUGCCUCUGCGUGCUGCAUCAAGGCUACGUCUACACCUACAGGGUGUCCAAGACAGAUGAAGGGUCCUGGAGCGCUGAGACGGCGCCCGGCGUCAACCGGCGGCUCUUUCGGAAGAUGAACAACCUGCUCACGGCCUUCCAGAGGCCCGACCAGGGCAUCGUGACGCCCCUGCAGCACCCUGUGGUCACCGAGGGCAGGGCCAAGCGCCCCACUGCUGCAGAUGGGUAUUUUGGUGUGCUGCAGCGGUUCUCCCCCAGGUCACACCUCCAUGCAUUGCUGCCCACAGGGGUGUCACUGGUGCGAACUGUCUCGCCAAGGUGCUGGCACGGCCGUGUAUGUGCCUGCCUGCAUGAUAUACUAGGGAGACCCACACACCAUGAUCAGAAACCCUGGCUUGAUCCUAUGGGUCCCCAUGUUGUUGCUUGGCCAAAGCAAAUGGGGCAGAGGCAGGAAAAGGGCUGCAAUUGCAGUGGUUAA